AUGUCAUACAAUCCUACUACCUCCUUCACUACAUAUCCUCUCGACGGUCCUAUUGAUGCGUCUGGCGUCACGCUUUUAUUCGGACAGGCUAUGCGCUUAGAUUCAGCUUCACCCUCACAGGCCGAACAAUCUGUCGGUAGCUUCUCUACUUCAUGGACGGGCGCGAGCUCGUACACUGAUGUCAUGCGCUCCUCCUCCGACAUGUACACAUACUGGUAUUCAGACAUCGACUCCGGGUACGAUGGGAUGCUCUUCGCGUCGAAACACGCGUCGGAACACGCCAUGGCUGCAGCAGAAUGCCUGCUCAGCCCUCCCAUCGACCCAACGCUCAUAGCUCAUCCGAGGAGCUACGAGAUCGCAUCGGCGCUGGAUAAUUCCGCUCACGCUGCUAACUCUCCCGGCACGCUGUCGAGUGUCUCGACGUGCUCAGAUGCCACUCUAUCCGGGUACACGCCUUCCCCAUCCCCGUACGCGACCACGUCCUCUUGGUGUAGCGACGACGAAGCUACGUGCUCUCUGUCUACAAGAGAUCCAUCGUCGGCUAGCACGUCUCGCAAGAACCGCAGUGUCUAUUACCAUCUCUCUCGCCCGUCAUCAUCUAGUCUCACCUCAACGUCCUCGCCAUCGACUUCGCAGACGCGCAGAUCCAAGGCACGGCGCUCGCCCAUUCGCGUCCGCAGACGCAACGUCCAAAUUGGACUCGGCGCCGCCGUACCAGAACCACGGGCUACGCAUGUGCCUAAAUUGGUCCAGUGCACGGUCGAAGGGUGCGGGAAGGUGCUGACGAAGGGCGCGAUGAGGAGGCACAAGAAGACCCACAGAAAGCAGGAGAAAUGGAGGUGCUGUGGAAUCCCGGUCGAGAUGGCGUUCGGGUUGAGCUCAGAUCGACGGAUGACCGGUGGUUGCGCGAAGGUGUUCAGUCGGAAGGACGCGUUGGAGCGCCAUCUGAAGAACCCAAAUAAUCCUUGUAUUGGUGAUGUGGAACGCGCGGAGCUGUUGGGAUGGUUUCGGGACGCGAAGCUUUUAGCAGGCUUAAAUGUGGAUGAGCAGCUUGCUGCUCAAAUCCUGGUUGCGAUGCAGGGAGUGGCGCGCCGACUGCCAUCGAGUGGCACAAUGGCAGGCAACUCAAGGCUUGCAGCACUAAAUGACACUAUAACGGUGGACGUUUUGUCCACAAUUGUGAAGAUACCCAGCCGACCAGCUGGGCGCAAAAUCACGCCAAGACAGGAGGGCACUCGGCGCAGCCAACGAUUGCUCGAGAAAGAAAAGGUUGCCCCUGUCCCGUCUAAUGAACGACAGAGAGAAGACGCAUCAGGGUCAAAGUCUGACAGUAAGGCUGAGAUGGGGCAGUCUGUGCUGCAGCCAUCGAAUGGGUCCGUAGGCGGUGAGUGGCAACCCACUGCAUCCGAGGAGAAACCUAUCCCCACAGAGAAGACGAAGAGAAAACGGGAUGAGAACGAGGAAAAUCUAAUACAGCGAGGGCCAGCGAAGGUGGAACGGACGUGA